AUGUCUUCCCGCCGGUUUCACAGGAAAUCGCGUAGCGGGUGCCUUCAUUGCAAGAAGAGACACAUCAAAUGUGAUGAAGGUCGUCCGAUAUGCGCCAAUUGUCAAAGAGCAAGCGUAGUGUGUACCUAUGAUCAGCUCAAAGUGCCUACAAGCCCAGCUCACAGUUCAAGUCUGAGCCCUGGGUCCUCGGCAUCAACUCUAGUCUAUGAACAUCCGUCGACUUUUGAUAUGCUCGAUCUGUCCCUCAUGCACCAUUACACGAUAGAAACUUCUCUUGAAUUGUUUGCUGGCCAAGGCUCCCGAGAGAUUUGGCAAGAGAUGGUUCCUCAUCAGGCUCAGUCAAAUCCCUUACUUAUGCAUGGUAUUCUUGCCUUGGCUUCAAUGGAUCUCGCCCGGACACGACCAAAUGAGCGACAAGUAUUCGCAACUAGAGCAUUGGCUCACCAAAAUGCCGGUACAAGACUGUUCAGAUCCAUGCUCGAACAAUCUCGUUCGUCCGACAGCCACCAUGUUCUCAUGAUUUUCAGCAUGAUGCUGGCCAUCUUGGCCUUUGCAUUUCCACACGCAUGCGACACUCCGCCAGAUUUUGAUGGUAUUCUUGAUCUGUUCAGUCUUAUGCGAGGCUGCAAAACUGUAUGGUUCUUGAAUCCGGAAUCACUUGCCGGCACUCCUCUGGCACAAUGGAUCAAGGCCACUUUCGCUGGCCACCCAAUCAAGAUGAAACCCGAAGUCGACCAUCGUUUCCAGGUUCUGCGAGCGCGUCUCAAGGAUCCAGCGGAUAUUCUGGCCACUGACCAGCUUCUGGAAUUUAUACACAAAGAGCUUGCGACAUCUUCAGACGGAGUCUCGAAUAUUGGUCGCUGGCCUACUAUGGUUAGCGAUGCGUUCUGGUUGCGAGUGCAAAAUCAUGAAGUGGAUUCUCUGCUCGUACUCUCCCAUUAUUCUGUGGUUCUGGGCGCGCCAAAUUUCCGAUGGUGGACUACGAACUGGGACUCGAUCUUAUUACGUGCGAUCAACUCUGCUCUGUCCGAGCAUGACAAAAAGCUUAUCGAAUGGGAUUAUCCUGCCAUGAUGAAGUUUGCAGACUCUUACAAGGAUAACUAG